ACGAGAGAGCCUAAGCUUUUUACUCCACCGCGUCACCUCACAAGACACACACACGCUCACACACCUUAAUCAUGCAGGUCGAGGGCUUGUGCCUGCUGCUGGCGUUCCUGUCGGCCACAACGUCUGCCUCAUGGAUAUUCCCCGACAGGAAGCAGCCGGCCGGGAACAGCAGGGACAGUAAAGAUAUCGAUGGGGGUCAUAAACCGCUGUCACUGGUGUCGGGUCAGGUGUCAUUGGGAGCCCCUGCCGGCCUAACACUCCUCCGGCAGCUCCUACGGGCAGAGAGGAACCCGCCCAAGGUGCCGCGAAGCCUUGCCAACGAGAUACUCCUUAUUAAUGAUGACCCUCCCUCACCUCAGCUCACAGAGUCGUGUAGCACCCCGAGUUGUUGUUCAGAAUCAGGAGGUUUCAAGCCCAGCAGUUACUUCAUCCCCUCAAACCCCAGAGAUAGUUACAGCCCCGCGUAUCCGCCCACCUCACCCUCCACGCCCGCCCCCAUACAGACAUACAACAUUAACUUCUACCAGCCAGUGUUCAACUCAAACCCAGUCAUUACCCCCAAACCGGCCUUGACCUUCCUUGAUGCCACUACGCCUUACCAGCACUCUCAGACCACCACUCCCAAGCCUGCUGUACUCACCACAUACGCGUCUGUUUUCGACAAGCCAACCCACACGACACGUUAUGAAGCCCCCACCACCUCCCCCUACGAAGACCCGUACACAGUCACCACCUACAGACCUAAAUUUAAUCACAAUUACAGACAGACCAACACCAAACGUAAUUACCCAUCAUACAGUGACCAGCCAUUCACUUCCACUACCCCGAAGCCCAAGCAACGCAAGGGCAGAGGUUACCGCUAUGGCUACGAGGUGUCUUCGCACGCACACGGCACAUCCUUCGGCCACCGCGAACAAAGUGACGGGGCGGAGGUGCGUGGUGAGUACCGUGUUCACCUACCCGACGGUCGCCUGCAGGUGGUUACCUACACUGCCGACGCUGAGCGAGGCUUCGUGCCGGUGGUGAGGUACGAGGGCUCCCUGCCCGGCACCACCAACCAGUAUCAGCCCCCAGCAUAGGCCUGGGCCAGAAAGACUCUGCCAGGACGGCCUCCGGGCUGUUGGUGUCAAGCUCAGAGAGACUUGAGCAACUCAGGGAAAAGGAACAUCCAUGUUGACCAUCUUCUUUUCGUGUGUUUGAUCCUUAUUGUGUGAAGUAUCGUUUAAUGAUUAUAUUCUUAUCCUCAGAGGAAUGUACGGUAAUGGAGAGAUGCCAACCGAUAGGCAGAAAUGAUGGAGUUCUGCACAGCAGCAUGAAUGAAUCUUUGAACUGUGAAUGAAGGGAUGUGCCAAUCUCUGACAUUGAGGACUGCUGAACAGUGAGUCACAAUGCUCUGCUAUAAAUGGUGUCAGGGUCUAAGUGUCAGUAGCCAAAUGGUGUACCUCACACAUGUGAUUCAUGGUGAUCUUUGGUCAUCUUCAGUCUUCUCAAGGUUCAGCCUCCUCCACCUGAUAUGAAAGAACUAAGUUACUAGAAUCAGUCAUCAGUAAUAAAUUAGUUGUCAAAAUUACUUCUGCAUCCACCUGAGGGUCUACUUGCUACAGUUGUGUGUGCCUCCCUGAGGACGCAGCAGUCUGUACACUCAGGAGGCUGGAGGAAAAAGGUGCACUGACAAGUAGCAGAUCAAAUAAUCAAAUAUGUGUGAGUGCUUGAAGUGAGAGAGAAUGAAAGAGGAUUCCAUCAAUGAUGCCAUACCCUUCCCAUGACUGUAUUUUUCUUCAUGUUUGGACAAUGAACACUGCAUAGGGAUCUACUUUUAUUUAUACAAUUAUUUCAUGCAGUACAUUUAUGCAUUAAAACUGUCUUCAACCAAAAACAGUUGAGCAGUAACUUCAGCUCCAGGCCUUUAACAUAAAUUAAAUAAAAUAUAUUUGCUA